UGGAUUGAGGGGGGGCGGGGAAAGGAGGCCCGCGAUGGCCUUUGGGGCAUCUACGCUCGCCCGCUUCAUGGCUUCUUUACGCUGGGUAUCCGCUCCCUCGAUAAGACGAGUGUCGGCCGAUGCGGUGCUCAUCAGAUAAAAGGUCCGGCAAGGGCGGAGCAAGUUCUAUUGUGCCGAACACGGCCGUGCAUCGGCGGACUGGCGGAGCUCGCAAGCCACUCAGCAAUAAGCGAGGCGCCUGCAGUACACACGCGGGGACCCUACAUUUCCUUCCUCGUUACCUUGCUCUCGGAUGGUUGAGCUCGCCUUGCGACGAGAAGUCUGUGUAUGGGAAUAACGUCUCUUGGAUAAGGCAAAACAUCGGCGAAGAUCCUGGAGUGCCCAUCUCAGUAGGUGUGGGAAUGUGGAGGUCCUUGCGAAGAAGCUCAGCGGCGAUCGAGCAAGCUUUCUCGCCUGCGGACCCAACGCCAGAGAGCAUUGGCGAGAGACAAGUUAUCUCACCGUUGAACCGCACCUUUGCCGCCAGACUCCUAUUAGUGGCAUGGUCGGCCAUCCUACUGGAUUCACACAUACCGGCGCAGAAUUACACCGCCUUCCUUCUGAGGGCAGUGAGACGUUUCAGAGCAUUAUUUCAGUGCAAGACACGAUAGUGCAUAGUAGAUGAAGUGUCGUCGAUUGGGCCCACGGAACACCAACGAGACAUGGUGACAAAAGACAGUGUUAUACCUCUUCCUCUACGCCUUCUGAGCGCCUGCUCAAGGGCCCCUCGAUUCUACCAUCACUGAACCCGGGGAAUGUCCAUGAAGGCGGCAUAGCCCCUCAUGUACUUGAUACAGCAGUGUCGAUAAUGGAAGCGCAGGAGGUCCACGUUGGGAGCCCCGUACUGAGCGCGGAAUCGGUCGGGACCAAGUACCUUGCC